UCACACCACGCACGUACCGGACCAGAGACCUUGUUUGCGGGUCUCAUUCUGGGAAAGGUCGGUUCUUUUUUCCGUCGCGAGCUAGGCUUUCAGGGGCGAGUUCUCUAUGUAGCUGACCCCGCUUCACUUCUCGGAGUGUCAUAGCCUCGAUCUCCGAUCAGCUUAAAUGAUAUGGCGUCCUCACAUAAUGUUGAGUUGGAGGCAGCGAAGUUUCUGCACAAACUCAUCCAGGAUUCAAAAGAUGAGCCAGCCAAGUUGGCUACUAAACUCUAUGUGAUACUUCAACACAUGAAAUCAAGUGGAAAGGAACAUUCAAUGCCGUAUCAAGUGAUAUCAAGGGCAAUGGAGACUGUUAUAAAUCAGCAUGGCCUUGAUAUUGAAGCAUUGAAGUCUUCGCGCCUUCCCUUAACUGGUGGAGCCCAAAUAGGAUCUUCACAGGCAGUAGGUGUUCCAAAGGAUUCUAGAGUGGGCUUGACCGAACAUGAUAUGUCCAAAAUGGAACCAUUUGCUUCUAACCGGCCACCGGUUGCCCCAAGUAGUGGAGCUCCUGAUUAUUAUCAGGGAUCUGUGGCUCAGAGGAGUAGUCAGUCUUUUGAUCAAGAAAGUCCUUCUAGUUUGGACUCAAGGUCUGCAAACUCACAGUCACAAGACAGACGUGAUACUGCUAACUGGGAAAAGCAGGGGAGUCAAAAGGAUGGUAAGAAAGCUGCAACAAAGAGAAAGAGGGGAGAUACAUCCUCACCUGUGGAACCACAUGUUGAUGGUCCUUCUCAACUUGAUUCGCGGAAUACUGUUGUUAAUGCUAGGAAGGGGAAAAUGACAAAAGCUGAACCAUCAGAUGGCCUUCCAGUUAAAAGUGGUGCGUAUGGCAAGGCUCAUGGAGGGAUGGCAGUUGCUACUGGUGCAUAUCCAUUGGCAGAAACAGCUUUUUCAAGUCCAAUGCAGUAUGGUGGUGGUGGUCUUGAGCAUGAUGGGGGCAGCGCAGCUACUUUAGCUGAUGCACAUAAAGUGGCACAGAUUGGAAGGCAAAACAGUGCCACAGAAUCAGCUAUGCCAAGACAAAGUGGUCCUCCGAGAGACACUGGAAAAUUGCCUUUUUCUGGACCUGCAUCAUCUUCCACACCAUUUAGAGAACAACAGUUAAAGCAGCUUCGAGCUCAGUGCCUUGUUUUUCUAGCAUUCAGAAAUGGUUUGCCACCAAAGAAAUUACAUCUUGAGAUUGCAUUGGGAACCACUUUUUCUAGAGAAGAUGGUUCCCGCAAAGAGCUGAUUGACCAGAAAGGAAAAUCACAGUCUUCGAAUGAACCCAAUAGUGCAUCUGGAAUGAUGAUGCCUUUUGGAGGCCUAAACAAUAUGAGACAAACUGAUAAAAACCCUACUCUGUCGUCUCCUGCGGGAAAGAUUCUGGAGGCUGAUUCAUUUUCAAAGGGGGUUGAGAGCCCAAAUGUGAUGGAGGACAAAGGUAACCUGCAUUCUGAUGUCCAUGCACUUUUAGAAGAAAGGAAGCAUCUGCUAUCCUUAAAGAAAGGAGAAGUUGAACGACAGAUUCAAGAAAGAGUGGCUGCACAAGCGUUUUCAAACCCAACAUUUCAGCAGCACGAUUCUGUGAGCGGAAGGGGUUCUUUGGUUGUUAAUAAUCAUUUGGAUGAUGUUGACAAUAGCAAUAUGCAGUUUGGAAGGUCUAACCAGACAUCUACUGUCAUGGGUCUGAAUAAGCCUGUGAACCCUGAUGGCAUUAACUGGUCUGGAUUUGUCAGUCACAAUGACACUCUGAAGGGACCUCUACAGGUGCCUGCUGUUCAGCACGAGUUGCCAGUUGAGAGAAGAGAGAAUAUUCCUAGUCAUUUUCAAAAUAUUGGUAAUAAUAAUGGUGGACCUCGGAAUCAUAGUUCUGUUAGUCACUUGCCUUCUUAUUCCUUAAAGGAGCACUGGAAACCUGUGCCAGGAACUGACAGCGAUCCUCAGGGAGUGACCAUGUUGAAGGAUGGUAAUGUUAUGACAAAACAUGUUUCUAUGGAGCAAGAAGGGAAUGAGAGGUUUGCAUCAGCUGAAAUGCCAGCAUCUCCAAGAUAUACAAUGUCGGAGAAAUGGAUUAUGGAUCAGCAUAAGAGGAGGCUUCUAAUUGAGCAAAAUUGGGUACGAAAACAGCAAAAGACAAGGCAAAAAAUUGUUUCAUGUUAUGACAAGCUAAAGGAAAAUGUGAACUCAUCUGAAGAUAUAUCUGCUAAGACAAAGAGUGUUAUAGAGCUGAAAAAACUUCAACUAUUGGAUCUCCAGCGUCGUCUUCGAAGUGGUUUCUUGAAUGAUUUUUUCAAACCGAUUACAUCUGAGAUGGACCAUUUGAAGUCAAUUAAGAAACAUAGGCAUGGUAGGAGGAUUAAGCAACUUGAAAGGUUUGAGCAGAAAAUGAAGGAAGAGCGUCAGAAGAGAAUUCGAGAGAGGCAGAAGGAGUUUUUCAGUGAGAUUGAAGUUCACAAGGAAAGGCUAGAUGAUGCAUUCAAAAUCAAGAGAGAAAGGUGGAAGGGUUUCAAUAGAUAUGUGAAGGAGUUCCAUAAAAGAAAGGAAAGAAUUCAUCGAGAGAAGAUUGAUAGAAUUCAGAGGGAAAAGAUUAAUUUGUUGAAAAUAAAUGAUGUGGAGGGCUAUCUGCGAAUGGUGCAGGAUGCAAAAUCAGAUCGGGUAAAGCAACUUCUUAAAGAGACCGAGAAGUAUCUUCAAAAGCUUGGAUCAAAGCUUCAAGAGGCAAAGACUGUAGCUGGUCGUUUUGAGCAUGAUGUUGAUGAGGCAGGAAAUGGAAGUGUGUUUGAGAAAAAUGAGACAACUCUUGAAAAUGAGGAUGAAAGUGAUCAGGCAAAGCAUUAUUUGGAAAGCAAUGAGAAGUAUUAUAUGAUGGCCCACAGUAUAAAGGAGAGCAUUGCUGAGCAGCCAUCUUCUCUGCAGGGUGGAAAAUUGAGGGAGUACCAAAUGAAUGGCCUGAGGUGGUUGGUUUCGCUAUACAACAAUCAUUUGAAUGGAAUACUUGCCGAUGAAAUGGGACUGGGUAAAACUGUUCAGGUUAUUGCUCUGAUUUGCUACCUGAUGGAAACCAAAAAUGAUAGAGGACCUUUUCUUGUGGUUGUUCCCUCUUCAGUUCUACCUGGUUGGGAGUCGGAAAUUAAUUUUUGGGCUCCAGGUGUUCAUAAAAUUGUCUACUCUGGACCUCCAGAGGAGCGUCGGCGGUUAUUCAAGGAAAGGAUUGUUCACCAGAAAUUUAAUGUACUAUUGACAACAUACGAGUAUCUAAUGAACAAGCAUGAUAGGCCUAAGCUGAGCAAAAUACAUUGGCACUAUGUAAUAAUUGAUGAAGGGCACCGAAUAAAGAAUGCUUCUUGCAAGUUGAAUGCUGACUUGAAACACUAUCAAAGCUCUCAUCGGUUGUUGUUAACUGGAACACCAUUGCAGAACAAUCUUGAGGAAUUGUGGGCACUGCUUAAUUUCCUGUUACCUAACAUAUUUAAUUCAUCAGAGGACUUUUCUCAAUGGUUCAAUAAACCAUUUCAGAGUAAUGGAGACAGUUCACCUGAUGAGGCUUUACUGUCUGAGGAGGAGAAUCUCUUGAUCAUAAACCGUCUACAUCAAGUUCUGAGGCCAUUUGUACUUCGCAGGCUAAAACAUAAGGUUGAAAAUGAGCUGCCUGAAAAGAUUGAGAGACUGGUAAGAUGUGAGGCUUCUGCAUAUCAGAAACUUCUAAUGAAGCGGGUGGAAGAGAAUCUUGGUUCUAUUGGCGCUUCAAAGGCUCGAUCGGUACACAAUUCUGUUAUGGAGCUCCGUAAUAUUUGCAACCAUCCUUAUCUGAGCCAACUGCAUGCUGAGGAGGUGGAUAACUAUAUACCCAAGCAUUAUCUGCCCCCAAUUGUAAGACUUUGUGGGAAGCUUGAAAUGUUGGACCGAUUAUUACCAAAGUUGAAGGCCACAGAUCAUAGGGUUCUUUUCUUUUCAACAAUGACUAGGCUUCUUGAUGUUAUGGAGGAAUACUUAACGGUAAAACAGUAUCGUUAUCUUCGAUUGGAUGGACAUACAUCUGGGAGUGACCGUGGUGCCCUAAUUGAUUUGUUUAACCAACCUGGCUCUCCAUUCUUUAUAUUCUUGCUCAGCAUUCGAGCUGGUGGUGUUGGAGUGAAUCUUCAAGCUGCUGACACGGUGAUCAUAUUUGACACUGACUGGAAUCCACAGGUUGAUUUGCAAGCACAGGCAAGAGCUCAUAGAAUUGGUCAAAAGAGGGAUGUUCUCGUUCUGCGCUUCGAAACAGUUCAAACUGUUGAAGAACAAGUUAGAGCUGCUGCUGAGCACAAACUAGGUGUUGCCAAUCAGAGCAUUACUGCUGGGUUUUUUGACAACAACACGAGUGCUGAAGAUCGACGAGAAUACUUGGAGUCCCUCCUACGUGAGUGUAAGAAAGAGGAAGCGGCACCAGUAUUAGAUGAUGAUGCUCUAAAUGAUCUCUUGGCUCGGAGUGAAAUGGAGUUGGAUAUAUUUGAGGCUGUUGACAAAAAGAGGAGGGAAGAAGAAAUGACUACAUGGAAGAAAUUGAUGUUUGGCCAGGCAGCUGAUAGUUCUGACCUUAUAAUUCCCCUUCCACCUCGUCUUGUAACUGAUGAUGACUUGAAAAAUUUCUAUGAAGCAAUGAAGAUAUAUGAUGUACCUAAGGGUGCAAUAGUUCCUAGUGGAGUAAAGCGGAAAAGUGAAUAUCUUGGGGGCCUUGAUACUCAACAGUAUGGGAGGGGAAAACGUGCCAGAGAGGUGCGUUCUUAUGAAGAGCAAUGGACAGAAGAGGAGUUUGAGAAGAUGUGUCAGGUUGAAUCUCCAGGAUCACCCAAAGUAAAAGAAGAAGUAGUAGAAACAAGUGGCCCAGCAAAUUCUUCCAACUCAGUUGCAGCUACUUCUAACAUUGAACCUGAAGCCAUCCCUCCUUCGGUCCCAAGUCUGCCACCUGUGGAGAUUGUUCCCGUACAGCAAACCAAAGAGAUAACUCCUCCAGCUAAACGAGGUAGAGGAAGGCCAAAAAGGAUAACAUCAGAUAAGUCACCGGCUGCUGUGGUUUCUCUGGCACCUCCUGCAGCUAUUGGAGUGGAUAAGCAGUUACAAAGAGGGACUUUGUCUGCGCCUUCAACAUCUUCUAGUCCCCAGUCAUCUGAAGCUGUAGGGACAAUUGGACCCAUGCAGCACUCUGAUUCUGGAAUUGCUCCCACCUCACAGGUUGCCGUUCCUUUACCAACAGCUGUUCCUGAGAAGCAAUCCACUGCUGCUGCUGUCUCUGUGCCAAUUCAAGCAAGAGGACAAGGGCGGAAAACUCAAAGUGGAGGUGAAGCACCCAGACGCAGAGGGAAGAAGCUGGCUGUGGUGUCAUCUCCUGUAUCUGGUGGUUCUGGUGGUCCUGAUUCAAAGUUAAAUGAACAGCUAGAGGAUAAAGCCACAAACUCAUCUGUAGACCAAGCUUUUUCCCAGAGUGGAACUGUUACCAGCAAUGCUACAAUACAGCAUCCAAAUAUUGUAUCAGCUUCUACAUCUUUAGACAGUGGAAAGGAUCAUUUGGGUGCUGGAAUUUCUCUGAAUAGUCAGGUACCUACAUCUCUGCCCUCUGCUGCUACUGCGCCUCAAACUGCCCCUACUUUUCCCAGUGUUCCUACACAGAACAAGGGUCAAAGUCGGAAGUCACAAAGUGGAGGAGGAGCUCCCAGGCGCAGGGGAAAGAAACAGGAGUCUGUAUUGCCUGUUGUUCCUGACACAUCAGGUCAGAAGGAGUUGCAUAUAAAUUCUAGUCUACAGGUUUCAUCAGGCAGUGCACUGGGUGAAAAAGGUGUCGAUGUGAAAAGCUUGACGGAGGAUGUUGUUCAAGAAUCGAAAGGUGUUAUUCAGGAGCAGGUAUCACUGAACCCUGGUGAUCAUGAUUUAAAACUCUCAGAAAAAUCGGAUGAUUUGGCCAAGCAGACAGUGACUUCACCAUCUAAUAUUACUAAAACUCCAGGGUCAGAGUUGCAGAAUUCCAAUGUUCAUGAUUCUGCUUCAGUGGCUAAAGGGAGUUCUUCGCAAUUCACUUCAUCCGACAUUAAAAUUAGUGAUAAUUCAGGGAAUGAAACUGUGCUUGCCCCAACUUUACCUCUUACUGCGGUCACAAAGGACCAGACAGUUGAUGGCAGAACACAACAACCAGUGGAAACUUCUAAACCUGCCCCUUCAAACAUUGAUUCUCCAGCCAGUUCCAUAGCUGGUAGUGCAACUAUGGAAAGCAUUGGUAAAUCUUCGGAUCAUAUGGAUGCAAAGGUUGCUUCCAGUGUCCCAUCAAGCAUUUCUUGCUCUCCCCCUCUGGGCUCUGAAUCUUCUCAUCCUUGCCCAUUACCAUCUGAAUCUGUGCCGGUCAAAAGGCAAGGUCGUAAAACUCAAAAUAGAGCAGACCCACCACGACGCAGGGGGAAAAGACAAGCUUCAGCUUUACCUGUUCCCAGUGCUCCGGCUGUUCAGGAUCCUAAAUUGAGUCAGCUUUCCCAUAACUCCCCUGGGGACAAAGCCGCUUCUAUAGCAAGUCAUGGAGGUGAGGUCCAGGAAUGGACAAAUGCUAAUCAAUCUCAGCAAUUCCAGAUUCAUUUGCCCAGUGGUACAGCUGUUCCAGAUUCAAAAAGGAAAGAGAGAGCCUUCAAUUUUUCCCAAAACAAGCAGCAGAGAGGUUCAUCAUCAAGGGGUGAUGGUGCUUCUGGAUCCCCAGACAAGGUUGCUGCUACUGGCCGAAUUCAGAAUGUGAAUGAUGUUGCUCGUGUGAUGAAGGAAGUUUUCUCUGGAACUUGCUUGGCAAAGCCUAAAGCACAUGAUUCUGUUGGGAUUGAAGAUAAGAACAGCCCAAUUAUUGGUGCAACGACUAAAACUGCAGUGGAAGAAUUGAAUAACCAGAGCUGUGACAAUAAACAGUGUUCUGAUAUGCCAACUUCUGGAGCAACAAGUGUAACUCCGGUGCUUUCUGUAGACAAGCAUGAAAAACUGUCAGAGGAGGUAUUAAAGGCUCAAAAUCCUGAGGACGAAAUGAAUUCUGAGAUACCAACUUCUGAAGCAACGGGUUUUACUUCAGUUGUUCCAGUAAAUGGGAAUGAAAAACAUUCAGGAACAUCAUCUGAUUCAAAAGCAGUUGUGAAUGAGAUUAUGACUGUCAGUGAACCUGAAAUCCGUGCCAGUGAUUUUAGUCAAAAGGAACAGAUUCAGAAUUGCAUUGAAUCCUCAAGCACUCAGAUUGAGGCUGGGGCUCAGCAUGAUGCCAGUUCACUUAAUGCUGCGCAAGAGAAUGUUAGUUUAAACAGUCUUUCUGCUGCUUUACAGAAGUCUGCAGGUUCCUCACCUCUAGAAGUUGGUGGCACUGGAUGUGGAACAAUUCCCCUGGAAACUGAUAAUUCUAGUAAUAAUGCUGUUGCUAGUCAGGCUGGCACCUUUAAUCUGGAUUGUUCAGCCACAGCAGAACGUUCGGGUAUUGCUGAAAAUACUUCUGAUAAAUUGAGCCCUAAUGCUAAAAAUCCUUCUUCACCUCUUGCUUCGUGUCAUGGCGGCGGCUCUAGGUUCGUGUCCCAGCCUGAAGCUGUGGGAGGCCAAUCCGAGUUGAUCCCAUCUAGUCCUGCAGCAACCCCUCAUUCAAGGACGAUGGAGGUUUCUGGUAUGUCUGAACAUGGUGAAAUUAAUUCUGAAAAGGAAACUGAUUAUUCUUUACCAGUGUCUGCUGAGCUCUCUCUUGAUGACUCUAAAACUUCCAUAUCUGCCAACAUUGAUGAUAGUAAUAGUGGAGAGCCAAUAGUCCAGAGCUCGCUUCCUGCCUCUUCGGAUUCGCUGGAGCCUGAGAUGAAGAUUACAAUUGAAGAUAAUUCUCAAAAUGCAUUAGAACCUUAUAGUAAACAGAGUUCCAAAUCACCUGAAAUGGAAGGUUUUGGAAGUCCCAGACCUUUUCUUGCUGAUCUGAAGCCUUCAGAUUCUGAUAACUUUGAUGUGAAUAAUUCUAAUAAGUUAGAAGAAUCUUUAGUGCAAUCUGAAACUAUCAAAUGUUAUGUUGAUGCCAGUGUGAAAAGUCCACCGAGUUCUCCAAAAGUCAUUGAUGAUGAAGCUGCUCCUACGUCAUCCACUGAUGGUUUCAAUUUGCAUGAGACUCAACCUUUGGAGGGCCACUUAGAACCCUUCUGUGAGGAAAAAGUGGAGGAAUGGGAUGACAAAUGUGAGCAGUUGCAAGCAGUUGUUGCCAAUCCUACCAAUAGUGACAUGGAAACAGAUACAUUUGACAGUAAAAGAAUUAAUGUUUCUCCGGUCAAGGAAAUUGUGCCUGAGAACGCAUCAAGCAUAGAUAUGUCGUCUUCUUUUGUUAAUGAGGAAGAAAAACUUAAAGACCAUGCCCAUGAGGAUCCUAUUGAUACGGCAAUGGUGUCACAGCCUUCAGGGUUGGAAGCUGCUGUUGAUGAUUCUGUGGUUGUUUUUCAGGAUGGUGAUCUUCCCAAGAGUACAACGUCUAGUAAAAAAACUGAGGAAGAGAAAUUACAAUCGUCUGUGUCAGAAGAUAUAGUGAAUGAUUCUGUGGGUGUUUCUCAGGUUGGGGAUAUUGUGGCUGACAUUACAUCUGACUCUGCAGUUCUGCCCUCAUCAUCCUUGGUGCAAGAGGAAAAUAGGACAUCAUCUGAAAUGAAUCUAGUGAAGGAUUCAGAACCUUUGGAAGAGUCAAUGGAGGAGGAUUUGCACAACAGCUCUGUAGCUCCGGAGGAAACAAAAGUUUCGAUAGCUGAUACUAAUGUUCAGAUGGACUCAUCUGAUGGUCAUGUAUUGCAUGAAGAUUGUAAGAUUUCACAAGAAGAUUUAAAUGUUUCUUCUUCCUGUUUGAUGGAAAAUAAAGAAAAAUUAGCAGGUUCUAUCACAGGUAUCCAAUCAAGCAGUGUAUUACCAUUGGAUGAAUUAAAGGAUUCUAAAAUUGAGGCGGGCAGUGGAAAUAUUACUCAGGAUGGUGAUGCUCUUUCUGGAGAUGAAACAUCAAUGAACUUGUGUUUGCCUUCGUCUCUCAUGGGGAGUAAGGAAGAGAGGGUUGCUUGUUUGUCUGAUGAUGGUUCUCAAGCUUCAACUCUAGGGUUACCAAAGUGCUCUGAUACUCUAGGUGAUAAAAAGGAAGUUUCUCAGGUUGAUGUAGUUGAAACUGUGAUAGAUUCUAUUCCUUCACAAGUGAAAGAUAAAGAACAAGAAGUUGUAUCAUUUGAUAAUAAUUCAGUUGUGAGAUCUGUCUCCCAUGAGGGUAUGGAUGGCUCGAAGGUGGAUCAGAGUAAUUACAAUGCUAGUUUGCAAGCUGGUGAUAUUUUGCCACAAAAUGCAGGGUUAGAAAUCAAUAUAAUGCCUUCAGUGAAAGAAGUAAAAGAUUUUAAGCUUGAAAUUUGUGAUGAAAAGGAGGCCUCUAAGUCUCUGGAUGUUGAUCCAGAACAAGAUGCUUUCAAAAUGAUGGAUGCCCCUUCAUCUUCCUUGUUGACGAAUGAGGAUAAGAUUGCUGCGUCUUCUAAUCAGGUUCCUCAGUGCAGCAGUCCACCAAUGCCAGAGGAGUCGAGAAACUUGUCAACUCUGGAUGAGAGUUACAGGGAAGCCCUGAGUGUUCUACACCAACUACAUCACCUCAACGGAAACCAGAUUACGUUGAGGCUGAGAUGAGCAAUGAAAUGGAGAUAGAUCAGG